UUUCACGUUGGUGAGGGGCACCCACACGUGCCAGGCGAGCGCUGCCCGCUGAGCCUCCACUCCCGCCCCGGCUGGGCCCGCUCCUGCUCCUGGAGGCCGGUCUCCUGGGGAGGCCUUCCUGCUGGUUUGGGGUCGGUCUGUUUCGUUUUUGGCUCCAGGGAUUGAACCCGGGUGCCCCACCCCAGCCACGUCCCCAGCCCUUUUUGGCUUUCGUUUGAGAUCGGGGUCCCCUCUGUGGCUUGAGGCCUUGCGAGUCGCCGAGGCUGGCCUUGAACUAGCCACCUGCCUCCUCAGCCUCCCGAGUGCUGGGGUGGCCCGCGGGAGGCUCCUGCUGAGUCCUCUUGCUGGGUCCAGCUGCAGUAAGGUCCUGGCCAUGAGAAGAGGCCCCCUGACCUCAGGGCUUCCUGGAACCGCUGCCCCUUGGGCCUCUCCGUGGGGUGGUGGGUCCCGACACUGGCCCUGCUCCCUGGUGCUGUCCGCCGUGUCUCUGGCGGCUGAGCAGGCCAGGGUGGCCGCCCGCCCCACACACUGGGGUCAGCUGGGGUCAGCUCCCCGUCCCCCUGGGGUGGAGCAGGUGCCUUGGGGGCACUGGUGUGGCAGGACCCCAAGGCCCACGCCCCUCUCCCACACCUGCAGGGUGUCACUUCUCUGGCAAAGGGUCCCCAGGCCGAGCUCUGGCCUCUGCCUCCUGCUCUGCUCGGGCGGUGGCUGAUGGCACCCCACGUCCCUCCACGAUGAGCCCCCUCUCCAGAGCCGGAUCAGGGCUCCGCGUCUCCGUCCUGGGGUGGACCUGCGCCUGCUCACAGUGGCAGGAGGACAUCUGUCUCCCACCCACCGCCUGGGAGGCCAGAGCGCCCGGCACACAGUAGGUGCCCAGGUCGGUCUCUCCCCCUGGAGAGCGGCCCUGCUUCCCCACACCUGCCCCAGGGCCCCCAGGGAUCCUGAUGGAGUCGGGGUGUGGUCACUCCAGCUGACCCGCCACCCCCUCAGCCACCAACGAGGUGGCUGAGAUCUGGCACAGUCCCCAAGGAUCGUCCAGUGUCUUGCCACAGACCUCGUCACCACAGGCCAAGGCACAUACGCGUCACUCCUCAUUAUGCAGGUCGAGUGGCUGCGGGAGCUGGUCAUUUCACGGGGUAGAUGCAAAGUACACCCGAGGCAUCUUAGGUUCAACUGUGUCACGCUGUGUUGGGGCUGGCCGGGUGGCCUGGUGACCAGGGCAGGCACGCAGGCCCGGGCGCCACCCCCAGGACGGCAAGAAGACACCCAGACCAAGAGGCGGUGGCCCAGCGGGGGUUAGGGUGACCGCGCUCCCUUUGCCCUGGCGGCUGGGACACCACCCCCCUAACUUCUGGGGUCCCGCCACUGAGCGACGCCCCAGCGCCUCUGCGCAGCGUCCCGUCCCGCCGGCCACCUCCAGAACUGUUCCCGCCCAAACGAAACCCAGGAGCCCCGCCCCGCCCCGCCCUGGCGGCCCUGCUGCUUCCUCCCUGGAGGCCGCGGCGGGGACCUGGGGUGGCUCCCGGCCGGGCGCCGGGGAGGUCGGUGCCCGCGGGGCGGCCCUGGGUCCAGGGUCGCAGGGGGAGCAGGUCUCCUCGGCCCCCUGUCCUCCUGUCCUCGUCCCCUGCCCUCCGUCCCCCGCGGGGCGGGACCACGUGGCGGUGCGCGCCGGGGACUUUCCCCCGAGGGCGCGGAGGCGGAGCGCACCCUGCCCAGACGCAGAAGGGGCGGCGCCUCUCCCGAGAGGCCACCGCGGCCACCCCCAGGACCUAGGGCCACCACCGUCGCCACCCCGUGGACCAAGGACCAGCGCCAGCGCCGCGGCCCGGGUCUGGUGGCCGCCUGCACCGCGCCCGGCUGCCACUUCCCCCAGGACCCCGAGGACCCGCCCACCUGCAGCGCCUGCCCCAGCACGGUGGCUCUAGGCGCCCAGCCCAGCAGAGGCCGCGUCAUGGCUUUUCCUGGUGGUGGCUAAAGCGGGACUUGAGGAGGCCACCGCGGUGGGAGCCCAGGGGGAGCGGGGACCUGUCCCUGCCCCACCUGGAGGAGGAGCCGCGACGCCAGCGGGGACACUGGGCACACCACACACCGUAGGGACGGUCAUGUGCCCGCAGGGGACCAUGGUUAAGACAGCGAAGGUGUCCAGGCCACCUCUGAGGGGUGGGUGUCCCCAGCCUCCCCGCGGGCCGGGCCUGAGGAGGCCUGGACGCAGCACGGGGGACACCCAAGCUUGGCACAGGCAAGAAAUGCAGGCCCUGGAGCAGCCGCCCAGCCACCUUGCUCCUGGCAGAGGCUGGCCACCGGCUUCGCCCCUCGUCCUCCGUUCCCCUCCGUAAGGGGCCAUUCAAAGAGCCCAGCUCCAGUGUCGCUUGCUGGCACAGGGCCUGGCGUGUAGUAGGUGCUCAGUGAACUCCUGUUGGACAGACGCAGCCGUCGACGCAGCCCAGUGACCGGGCCUUGUCCUUCAGCCCGGCUCCUCAUAACAGAGUUUUUCAGCGACACUUGUAUUUAUUUUUAAAUUUCUGAGAUGGGGUCUCACUGUGUCACCCAGGCUGCCAGGAACCUGGGCUCAAGAAGCUCCUGUCUCCGCCCCCCCCCAGGGGCGGGCCCUGCCCACACACCUGGCCUCCUGGACAUUGUUUUAUUAGCCAGGAGGGACGGCACCACUGUGGGCCAGUCCUGAGGGAGCAGGUGAGACUCACCAUCUUGUUAGGGAGAGAGGAUCCAGAGGCAGGAAGCACGCAUGGAGUGCUUACUGUAUACCGGACGCCCUCUGCCCAGUCAGCUGAUUGGAUCAUUGAGUACUCCGUCAGUAUUGAUUCAUUCACUCAGCGUUUAGUAAGCACCUACUGUGUACCAGGCACUGUGUGGUUCUUCCACUGAUUAUCUGGCCAGCAUCUACUGAGCGCCAAUACAGCACUCUGGAUACAGCAGGAACAAGGCCCAGCAACAUCCCUAGCCUGUGCCUGGAGGCUGCCUGGGGAGGCUGUCUCCAGUAGGAAAGGCUCUCCCCAGCGUAAAUAAGCGAAGUCUGUAGUGUCCCCUGGUGAGAAGUGGACAUGAGGAAAAUGAGGCAGGGAGGGGUGGGGUGGUGCUGGUCAAGUGGGUACUAGGGAAAGUGCUGAGGCAUGGCCUGUGCAAAGGUCCUGAGGCAGAGCCAAGCCUGGGACAGUGCACCAGAACAGAGAGCAAGGAGCAGGAGACGCUUGUCCUCAGGGAAGACGCGGGGUUGUCUCGGAGGAGCAGUCGUGCCUAACCCAACUGCCCGAGUCUCCUUCCGGCCCCAAGCCAGCUCCUCACACCCUCCAUCCCGUCCAUCCGCUUGUCCUGUGGGCAAUGACCCCCACUGCCACCAGCCUGCACCUGGUCCCAGCUUCUGCCCGUGCCCCACAGCCUGUCGGCCCUGCAGUGGCCAGAGAGUGCUGUGAGCGGAUCCCUCCUCCCAGUGCCCACGGCCCUCCGCCGCUCCCACCUGCCUCCUGGUCAGAGCCCAAUCCCUGCGCCACCCGACGGCCCCCUGCCCCCUCCUCUGCUUCAGCCGCGGCCCCCACAGGCCAGGCCCAACCUGCCCCAGGGCCUGUGCACAGCGGUGCCUCUGCCUGAGCCCCUGGGCCUGGUCUCCAUCUGACUCGCCCCCCCCUUCCUUCAGGCCCCCUCCCGCACCCCGCCCCCACUCUGCGCGGCACCCGCUGGCUUCCUGCAGGCGCUUUCCAUUCUGAGAUGAUCUGGCUCUUUUCUCAUUUCCUGUUGGUCUCCCUGGAGUGAAGUGUGCCACACGGGGCGGAGGAGGUGCCCGUCCCUGCCUGCAGAGCACUGAGCCGCGUGCGCACAGUAGGUGCUCAGCAAAUGCUCCUUCUGUGGAGGACACGUGGGGCACGCGGGGGACCCAGGGACCAGGAAGUGCGUCCUAGACACAGGGAACAGAUCCUCCAGCGCCGAGGGUGACGCUGGCCCCGGUGCCGCAUGGCCAGGCCAGCGUCCCCUGCGGGGUGGACCCAGGGACCCUGCAUGGGGCGCUCUGCAAGCUGCACCCUCCCUGAGGGCCACUGUGACGUGAGGUCCCAGUCGCGGGGACUGAGGCCGAGACGCCCCGAGGUCUGUGCCCACCCUGGGGGGGUGGACUCUGUCCCCAGGCCGUGGGAGGUUCAGCAGAUGACCCGCGCUCAGCGGGCAGGACACGGGGUCAGCUCCAGGGACUGCAGCUGAGCUUGUGGGCUCCGGGCCUCUGGGGUCAGGGGUCCCCAGGUCCGGUGCCUCAGGAGCAGCUGUGCUGACUCCCACCGCGGCCUGGGGCCCCUGCGCUGUCCCCCGCAGGGACAGCGGGACUGUGGACCCUUUCCACAGACAGGAAGGCUGAGGCUUUUGGGGGGACCGGGGAUUGAACCCAGGGCCUCAACCCCUGAGCCACCUGCAGCCCUUUUUAGGAUACCUUGUCAGCGUCAGGGCCUCACUGAGUGGCUGAGGCUGGCCCUGAACUUGCCGUCCUCCUGCCUCAGCCUCCAAGUCCCCGGAUCACAGGCCGGCGCCACCCGCCCGGCUGCACGGAGGCUCCUGCGUGUGCACCGCGGACAGGGCCUCGCGUGGGUUAGGCGGCUGGACUCGCCGUCCUCCCUCCUCCACCCAGUGCUGCCGUGACCGCGUGGGCCACUGCGCUGUCCAGGGGCUCAGCCCCAAGCCUGCUGUGCCCUCUGCUCAGCGCUCAGGCGACUCCUCAGGUGGCGCCUGGUGAACGGAAGCCCUCAGCCCUGGGGACCUUGGCGCCUGCGUCCCACGGGAAUGGCCGCCCAGGGCGGGUCAGCCGACGGGCUUCCGCGGGACCCAGAGCCAGCCUCCACACAAACCGCCUUGGUCACCAACCUGCUUCCCGGCGGCCCGAGGGCGGCCGCAGGAAGCUCCGACCUGUUUCCACAUUUUCACAUUUCAUGGAGGUCACCCGGGUUCCCCCGCGGAGGCUGUGGGGACACCAGGCACCGCACACCACCGUCAGCCAGUCGGCCACCACGGUGUUUGUUUCUGUCCUGGAGGUUGACCCAGGGUGCUCCACCCCUGAGCCACAACCCCAGACCCAGCCACUUUUAUGUUGAGACCGGGUCUCACUAAGUUGCCCGAGGCUGGCCUUGACCUUGUCAUCCUCCUGCCUCAGCCUCCUGAGUUGCUGGGGCGGGUGUGGCACCAGUGUUUGUCUUGAUUAUGGCACCGUCUUUCCGGGAGCCUUCAGGGAGUGGCAGGAACCCUUGACCUGAGGACCAAGCUCUGGAGGGACAUAUCCGUCCCUGGCUUAAGUCGUCAUCUGGGUCAUUUCAGAAACUUUAGACUAGCUUGUGGUCCCACCUGAGUAUAAGAUCCUUGUCGUUUCUCUCCUGAGUGCUGAGUUGAGGUCAGGGAGGGGGAGCGCGGGUCCUGCCUCCUCGGCACUCUGCGGUUCCUGGGGAGAAACAUCUUCCACCCUCCACUUCUCUCGGGGGGCCGCACCCCAGCCCUCUGUGUUUUGUAUUUUGAAUCAGGUCUCGCUAAGCAGCCCAGGGUGGCCUCAAACUUGCCAUCCUCCCGCCACAGCCUCCAUCCUCCUGGGACAACAGUGUGGCCGCUGUGUCGGGUGCUUCUCAGGAGGACCUGUCCUGUGGGUCAGGGUCCCCGAAGGCCCCACUUCCACUCAACUGCCCCAUAAGGCUGACCUCAGUGAGGUCCCCUGUAAGGUGCCGAGGGCCCGGCCUUUAGCACACGACUUGGGGACGACACGGUGCGACCUCAUGGCAAUGAUGACGCGUGGCAGACAGAGGCGCUCGGCCUGUGGUCACAGACAUGGGCACCGGGUGGCUGCCUGCCGUGGAAAGACACGGCCUGCCGGCCCCCACCCCAGUGUGGCAAGCGUCCUCUGUCCAGGGCCAGAUGGCGCCUGCUGCAGUGCAGUGAGGAGGCAGCCUUGGCCACGUGUGGGCGGGAGCGUGGCUCCAUCGACAGGACACACUGGGGACUGCGUUGCCCAUCAAUGCGAUGUGAUCAGGUGGCCUGGAGGAGGGCGGGGCCGGGUCGUGGGGAGGCCUGGGGCAGCUGAGCUCCAAGCAGAGAUUCAAACCGGGCGCCGCUGCCCACGCCUGCCAUCCCAGGGGCGGUGGAGGCCGAGGCAGGAGGAUGGCCAGGGUGAGGCCAGCCUCAUCAACUUAGCAAGAGCCCAUCUCAGACUAAGUCAAGAAGGGCUGGCUGGGGUGGCUCGGUGCUGCAGCUCCCGCGGGGCCCCGGGUUCCGUCCCCUGAAUAGGGGGCCCGAGGUGUGACCCCGGCUCCUUUUGCCCUCAACCUUCCGCCACAGGAAGAAGGCCCUGUCCCAGGGGCCACAGUCCGGGACCUCAGACCUCCCAGAACACUCGCUCUGCUCCUCACGACCCAGCGGGCCGCGCUCCUUAUGGCCACACACAAAGGACAGGGACGGCUCUGGCUCCUGGGAACUCACAGAUGUGCCGGGCAGCGUCCUCUUGGUGAACUGGCCUGAGCUGUGUGGCUUUGGGCAACUAAUUUGGCCUCUCUGUGCUUCACGUCUUGUCCUUGGCAAGAGCCACGUCCGUCUGCGCCGCCACGUAACUCACCUGCUGUGUCUUGCACAGGAGAAAGUGGAUGUCAGAGGGAGGUGACCCAGCUCCGCCCCAGCAGCCCUCCAGGAACCUGGCCCGAGGCACGGGGAAGGCUCGCCGGCAUCCGGAACAUGCCUCCCCGCUCCCCAGCUUCUCCUGCCUGCAGCCGCACCCACCCGUGCCCAUGGCCUGCCCGGGCCCGUCACUGCCCGGCGCCUUCGACCUCCUGGGCGCGGCUGGCCAGGACAAGCUGCUCUACCUGAAGCACAAGCUCAAGACACUGCGCCCGGGCUGCCGGGGGGCCGGCCUGCUGCACGCCAUGGUGCUCCUCACGCUGGGCCAGGAAACCGAGGCCAGGAUCUCCCUGGAGGCCCAGAAGGAGGACGCGGUGGCCCGGCUGGUGGCCCGCCAGUGGGCCGGCGUGGACAGCGCCGAGGCCCUCGAGGAGCCCCCCGACGUGUCCUGGGCCGUGGCCCGUGUCUACCACCUGCUGGCCCAGGAGCAGCUGUGCCCAGCCUCGCUGCGGGACUCGGCCUACCAGGCCGCCCUCCGCGCCCACGGGUCCCGGGGCGACCGCCGGCUGGCCGAGCUGCAGGACGAGGCCCGGGACCGGUGCGGGUGGGACGUCGUCCGGGACCUGAGUGGCUUCCAGCCCCUCUGUUCCGAUCUGGGUGGCCUCCCAGCGUCCUCGGCGUCACCCUCUGGGGCCAGGAGCCUCCCGCGCCCCACUGACAGCCAGCGGGACUGGAGCCAGGGGCGCUCCCUGCGGUCCACCAGCAGCCCCGUCUCCCUGGCCCGCAGCUUGGCCAUCAGCCAGUCCCCCACCAUGCCCCUCGCGAGCCCGCAGCGCAGCGCCCCGGGGCCCAGCAAGCUCUCCCAGGAGCCCCAGGCCAGCCCGGGGCCUGAGCCUGUCCCCACGGGCUGCCAAGAGCCAGAGGAGAUGAGCUGGCCCCCCUCUGUGGACGCGGCCUGCUCCCUGGAGCUGACAGACGGCCUGGUCCCCAGGCUUCCUGCGGCGGCCCCUGCCCCUGCCCACCCCCCUGAGCCCCCGGAGGCUCCAGAGACCAGCAGCCAAGGCCCAGUGGAGUGCACAGAGGGGUCUGCGGGCCCCGGACCUCUGCCCCUGCCUACUGUGGAGGCCACUGAGAGUCCUGGCCUCGUCAAGGAGAGGACACCACCCCAACUCUCGGGGGAAGAGACCGCACCCCAGAAGAGCAAGCCAAGCCCACCCACGGCCUCAGCCCCGGCCCCCACGGCCUCCCUGUCUUCUCCCCUGCCUCCGACCCCAGCCUCUGUGUCCCCCUGUCCCUCCUCCUUUGAGUCAGUGUCAUCAGAGCAGAAGUUCUAUAACUUUGUGGUCCUCCACGCCAGGGCUGACGAGCAGGUGGCCCUGCGAGUGCGGGAGAAGCUGGAGGCCCUGGGGGUGCCAGAUGGGGCCACCUUCUGCGAGGACUUCCAGGUGCCGGGGCGCGGGGAGCUGCGCUGCUUGCAGGACGCCAUUGACCAUUCGGGCUUCACCAUCCUGCUGCUCACCUCCAACUUCAACUGCCGCCUGAGCCUGCAUCAGGUCAGCCAGGCCCUCAUGAGCAGCUUCACGCAGCACGGGAGGGAGGACUGCGUCGUGCCCUUCCUGCCCCUGGAGAGCUCCCUGGAGCAGCUUGGCCCCGACACGGCCAGCCUGCUCACGGGCCUCGUGUGGCUGGACGAGAACUCCAAGGUCUUCACCAGGAAGGUGGCCAACACCUUCAAGCCGCAGAAGCUGCGGGCGCGCAAGGCCCACUGGAGGAAGGAGCAGGACGUCCGCGCCCUGCGGGAGCACAGCCAGCACCUGGAGGGCGAGCGGAGGCAGGCGGCCGCCAUGGGCGCCGCGUACUGGGACAGCCUGCAGAGCUACCAGGCCUGGCAGUCGCAGGUGGACAGGCUCCAGGCAGCCUUCGGCAGCCACUUGUCCUUCGGGACUCAGGUGCCUCACCCGUCUCAGGUGCCCCUGGGGGGCCAGGUGCCCUGGGGGGGGCCGUCCCCCCUCCCCACCUGGCCGGGAUACCCCCAGCCGCCGCCGUGACCAGCGGGCAGCCCCGCACCCGCCUUCCCGCCGCCGCCCGUGGCCGCGCCGGCCCCGGGGUUGCAGCCCCUCAUCAUCCACCACGCGCAGAUGGUGCAGCUGGGGCUCAGCAACCACAUGUGGAACCAGAGAGGGGCCCAGGCGCCCGAGGACAAGACGCAGGAAGAAGGGCGGUGACCAGCCGGGCCACGGGGCCGCCCAGGACCCCAGCUCGGCCGGGCAGGGCCCGUGGACCCCACCGGCGCGCUCCCUUCGGGUCGCUGCCCAGGAGCCGUCCCCACGCGGGCAGAGGGCUUCGUGGGCCUGGGGUCGAGGAGGGACACGGGAGAUGGGGCGUUUGACGGUAAUAAAUAUUUAUUGAAGGUUCCUC